CCCCCCUAUAUAAAUGCUUCUCCUGCGCCGUCGUUUCCCUCUUCCAUCCUUCGCUCGCUCCGCCGCCGCCGCCGCCGCCUCCUCCUCCUCGGCGCCUCUCCGCCGCCGCCUCAGCCAUGGUGAAGUACUCGAGGGAGGCGAACAACCCCACCAAGUCCUCCAAGGCCAUGGGCCGGGACUUGCGUGUGCACUUCAAGAACACCCGUGAGACAGCUUUUGCUAUCAGGAAGUUGCCUCUGGGCAAGGCCAAGAGGUACCUUGAGGAUGUGAUUGCCCACAAGCAAGCUAUCCCCUUCCGUAGGUACUGCGGUGGUGUUGGCCGCACUGCUCAAGCUAAGUCACGCCAUUCAAACGGUCAGGGACGCUGGCCUGCCAAGUCUGCUAGAUUCAUUCUGGAUCUUCUUAAGAAUGCAGAGAGCAAUGCUGAGGUGAAAGGUCUGGAUGUUGAUACUCUUUAUGUGUCCCACAUUCAAGUUAACCAGGCCCAGAAGCAGAGGCGCCGUACCUACCGUGCUCAUGGACGCAUCAACCCUUACAUGUCCUCCCCGUGCCACAUUGAGCUUAUCCUGUCAGAGAAGGAAGAACCAGUGAAGAAAGAGCCUGAGUCUCAGAUCGCAGCCAGGAAGGCCUAGAGAAGGAAGCUUUGCCCCCCUUCUGCCUGUUUGUUAGAUCAGAUUAUUAUAUAGCCUGUGGCUUUUGGCUGAGUGAAAAUUUUGGCUGGUUGUCCGCUUGUUUGGCCUAUCGGAAAUUCGGAAUACUACUAGCUCAUACUUCGUCAAAACCGUUAUCUCUGUGUACUGAAUCUAUUACUAUGUUCUCAAAACGCAAAUCUUGGAGGUGUUUGGAUUUUCUUUAACCUGAUUCGGUCGUGAACUGAUGGUUUUUCUUGUCGUAA